AUGGAAGUUUCGAGACACUGUGAAGAGAAACAGUACCACGAGUCCCGAGAGCAAAUGGCGGCUCGGAAACAAAAACGUCGGGAGCUUAAGGAUAAAUUUGCAAAGGAACGAAAAGAGAGAAGAAGUGAAAAGGAACGGAUCAAGUUGGAGGAAGGAAGAGGUCGGAAUUAUGAAACUCGGAUGAAAAGGAAGAAAGAAGCGGAAAAAAGAUUGGCAGUGCCCAAGAAAACUGAAAUCUGGGAAGAGAAGAUGGAGCAGCAGGAAGAGAAUUUCAGACAAUGGAAAAUGUUACAACAAGAGGAUUCCAGUAAAAUUCAGAAAAAAGAAGAAGACGUCGAAGAAGGAAAAAAGAAUGAAGAAGUGAUGAAAAAGGAUAAUGUUCGAACUUAA